UCAGGUGUUCGACGGUGCGGCGAUCGGACCUCGGUCAACAUUUCAGUUCGUACAGAUAUGCGUUUAAACCCACAGCUAGUGUUAUCACGAGGAGAACGUACGCAUUCGUGGUGUCAUUUUGGGAUUCCAUAAUUACUCGUCAGCAAACUUUAAACGGUGGAGGAACCUGUUGCGCGCGAUCGCCGUGUCAACGAUACCCACUUCGCCUACCACGGCUAGCUGUAACAGAGUGCUCGCGAACGGUAACGGUGUAACCGAGCCGAGUUCCGGGGCACCCUUUCGAUUCGCGCGAAAAAUCCAUCGACCAUCGCGGCGUCUAGGAACAGAAUUAGAUUUCGUCGAGCGAGGAGAAAAGUGUUCGGUGAAGAAACUCGAGAAAGUUGCGCGCGAAGAGAGAAAGACUCGCGAGAUAAGAGGCAAAAAAAGAGUCGUUGAUUUUGCGUAGAUCCCAUUCUAACAGCGAUUUUCUUCCUCGAUACCCGUGGAACGUGACUCGACAGUAGCUGCGCCGCUUGGUGCCUCUUGAAUUGUUAGAUCGCUUCGACGUCUAUCUUCCCGGCGAUCGAAGGAAUCGUUGAAAGCAGCCGCAUUGACAUUUUGGAGGAGAGACUAUAAUUGUUUACGUUUUACUUUCGACAAUCCGAAGGAUCGUCCGCAGCGAGGUCGUUUUUAAUCAACGCCUCGCAAAAUGGUGGUGCAAAAUGCGGUUAUUGUUAGGAAUGCCGUGAAACGAUAUGGAACCGAAAACCAGAUCCUGAACGGUUUAAACUUAACCGUCCCUAAAGGUUGCAUAUAUGGUUUACUGGGUUCAAGUGGCUGCGGCAAAACCACUUUGCUCUCCACUGUGGUAGGCGUACGGAAAUUGGACAGCGGUGAUAUAUGGGUGCUGGGUGGCAAACCAGGAACAGAAAAUUCAGGGAUUCCAGGUCCUCGAGUCGGUUACAUGCCGCAGGACGUGUCACUGGUCCAAGAAUUCUCUGUAAUCGGCGCCUUUUACUUCUUUGGCAGAAUCAACGGUCUCGAUGACUACACGAUCGAGGAGAGGUUUGUGUUGUUGAAGGACUUGCUUCAGCUACCGACCAGGAAUCGUUUGAUAAAACACUUGAGCGGCGGCCAACAGAGAAGAGUGUCCUUCGGGGCAGCGUUGCUUCACAAACCCGAGCUCUUGAUCCUUGACGAGCCCACCGUCGGUUUGGAUCCGGUUUUAAGGGACAACAUUUGGAAUUAUUUAGUGAAGAUCACGCGAGAGGAAGAUAUUACGGUUAUCAUUACUACGCACUAUAUCGAGGAAGCGAAGCAGGCAGACAAGAUUGGAUUAAUGAGAGGCGGCCUGCUAUUAGCUGAAUCAUCACCGAACGAUUUAUUGGAGCGAUUUCAAACCGAUUCGCUCGAAGAGGCAUUCUUGCAACUGAGUCAAAUGCAGAACGACCACAGGACGAUUCCCUCAAUCGGGAUCAACGACAUCAGCAUGGAUUCCCUUUAUAAUGACUGCCCGACCAAGAGCCACUGGCAACUGCGUAGUAGCAGGAAGAAGAAGUGUCAGGCUUUACUCGUUAAAAAUAUGCUUCAAUUCGUGCGUCAUCCAGGGGGAGUAUUGUUCUCGCUUGUACUACCAGUAUUACAAAUGAUACUAUUCUUCUACGCGAUCGGUCGCGACCCGAAGGGACUGUCUUUAUCUAUAAUAAACGACGAGGCGCAUAAUUGUGAUUACGGUAGAUACCGAGGCAAUAUUACUUACGAUGAGAAUGAUCUAACAUGCAGCUUCGUCGACAUUAGCUGCAAAUUCAUACACGGAAUAAACAGUUCUGUCUUCAAGAAGGAGUAUUACGAUACCUUCGAUGAAGCAGUGCGGGAAAUUCCAAGGGUUAAAAGCGCCGGCACAGUACAGUUCCAUAAGAAUUUCUCGUACAGCUUGGAAGACAGGAUAUUAAAUUUCAUUGAUAUGGUCGAUGAAUUUAUAGUUAGCAGUCAGAUCGUUGUUACCUUGUACAGCCCAGACAGACAAAUUGCCUUGUUUACGCAGAAGCAACUGCAAGACAGUUUUAGCGACGUAUACGAGGAGAUCAUGAAAGAAUGUAGAAUUUCUCCAAAAUACAUCCGUACACCAAUACGUUACGAGGAGGCAAUUUAUGGCACCAACGAUCAAUCUUACGUAUCUUUCGUUUAUCCAGCAUUCAUGUUAUCAACUUUGUUCGUUUUGGCAACGUCAAUUUCUUCAAGUAUAAUUAUAACAGAUCGUAAUUCUGGUGUAUGGGACCGAGCCCUAGUUCAAGGUGUGACGACAAAUGAGAUUUUAGUUACCCAUCUGAUAUCGCAGCUCAUGAUAAUUGUUAUUCAAGUGUCGACUGCAUUAUGCAUAUGCUUCCUGCACUUCGAAGUGGAGUGCAAGGGUUCAAUGACCGCCGUAAUUUGGCUGACCCUGCUCGAAGGAAUCUGCGGAAUGAUGUUCGGUUUCUUAAUAUCAGUGCUGUUCACCUCGCAUACUCUGGUCAAUUAUGCAUCGUCUGGCAGUUUUUAUCCGUUGAUACUUCUUUGCGGAAUAAUUUGGCCGAUUGAGGGAAUACCGAAGUUUCUCCGAUGGUUCAGUCUGUUUCUACCGUUGACGAUACCAGGGAACUCCCUCAGAGGAAUCCUGCAAAAGGGGAACACCGUGGACGAACCGGAAGUGUACAUAGGAUUCAUAAUAGUGACCGUAUGGAUCGCGAGUUUAGUGUUGAUUUGCCUGUACCAAUUGAAGACAAAGUAAAAGUGAAAGAAAGUAAGCGAACACUUAAUCAAUAAGAAGAAAACCACGGUGCAAUAAUUAAAGAAAAAAAAUUAUGUUUCCCAUGACAAGUAUCACAGGGUUAAAUUCAUCUGCUGUUAAUUAGUUAGCAAAGGGUUAAUAGUUACGGGGAAUCGCGUUUUUAUACAAAAUGAUUGUAAAGCGUCGUUUCGAUGUUAGCCGAUAAGGAAUCUAAUUUUAAUUUAAACAGCGGGUCGCGUAUCGAGAGUCGAAGCUGCGUUUGUGAUAAAACUUGUUCUUAUUGCGAUCUUCGUUAUUACACGUGCAAAGUAUGUACCUACUAUUUCGAUUUAGGUUUUAUCUUAGUUUUUUUCACUGUGUUAUAAUAUGUUGUGCGAAUUGUAAGAAUAGAGCGAGUUACUGAUUGUUGAUAGAUACGUAAGGAAAGGAAUGUUCUUUCAACGACCUGUGCAUGUAAAACAGCACGCCUUGUCAGUGUGAAGAAACGCAUUUUAAAAAAUGUAUUUUUUUUUUACUAGUUACUAAUUCUUCGAUGUUUUUAACUGGUAAAAACUUGUGUUGAGUGGUAUGUGUCGGGAUUCGUGUCGUUUUACUUUACAAGCACAGACAUUACCUCAUACUUUUGUUCUUUCGCGAAGCUUUCCGUUUCUACAGUUCUGGGAUCACAUCCAAUAAGUCCAGAUCGAAGCUCGAUCUAUAAAAACGUGAUUAUCAGACAGUGAUCCUACCAUGCGACCAGCGUUCGAUGACGGGUAUUUAAAUUAAACACAUUGUAAAUAGGUAGACGGAACAAUAAAAUAUAGGAAGAUGGAACGAUUAAAUGAUGGAAUAUGCACAGAUUUUGGCAUCGAUUAA